UGAGAGUAACCACACAAAGCAGUCGUAGAUCAACGUUUCAUUUUCAACAAUGGCAUCCAGUUAUACUGCUAUCUACCUUGAAAUGAAGUUGAAAGAUCAGAGGCGACAUCUUCAGAGAACAGCAAGUGGAAUCCGAUCAACUCCACCUCCUGACGGACCCCAGACCCCGACGCCCCUGUCUGGUGGGAACCAUGAGCCAAUGAUUUCUCCAGCUCUGAGGAGUACUACAACUGUGAACCCCCUGACCCCUUCUCCACCAAGCCAAUCCUCAGUAUCCAAAAGAAGCCUAUCUGUCCACAUGACACCAACUGCAGCCGCAGGAACCCAUUCAGCCAGCUUCGCAGCCGCCUUGAGAAAGCUGGCCAAACAAGCUGAAGAACCACGAGUUUAUCUAGGAUGUUCAGACUCUUCCUACAGUGAUGAUAUUUCACCUGCACCCUCAGCAGCAGUGAAUCCCAGAACCCCAAGCUGCAGUCCCAGGGGGGCCUCAGCUGGAACCCAAAGAUCUGUAAAGCGGACCCCUGUGGUAACCAUAGCACCCAAUGAGGCUGGAGGUGACCUAUGGAGGAAUGAAGGCAGUCAGCAAUUUGCAGUUAGGCCCAGUAGCCAUGACCCUCACUCAGCAACCCUUUUGCUAAAACAAGAAAAGGCUGCUAUGUAUCCAGUCCCUACUCAUUAUUUACCAAGGAACACUGCACAGGAGUUACCAUACUCUUCAGUUGGUUUGCAGAGACCAGUGCAACAGAUAAUACACUCAGGAAAGAGAUCUGAUGGUUAUCAAACAGGAUUUCAUCCAUACCUCAGCAGAGAUGCAAUUCAACCUUUGCCAACUUACCCUGGCCUUGAUACCACCUCCUGCUACUAUCCUGCUUUCUUACGUCACCUUCCACUGCAGCCCUCUGUGUACAGCAGGUAUGAUGACCCAUAUUUUCUAUCCAUUCGGACACCUUUUCUACACCUCCAUGAAACAACUACGAUCUCUCCACUUCACACUCCCACACUUCCCUUUUCCAAGGACCUCUUAGAGUCAGCAAGCGUCAUGCCCACAGGUUUGCAACAAGGACAUCAGCCAGGCCAUGCUGAUGAGAGGAAGAACAAAGAUGUUCCAAGCAGUAGAGCCAGGUGCUGUAAUGGAGAAAGAGUUGAUCAUCAUGUUACCCCAGGUAGUGUAAGGGACCAAGCGCCACCAACAGAGAAGAGUAGGAGACUCCGAGAGGCAGCUUGGGAGAGCAACUGUAGCAGAAGGACUGAAAUAAAGCAGAAAAAGAACCAGGAUGUGAACAGCCCCCCACUACAUCCAAAGCACUAUUUUAACAGACAAGAUGGCAGUAAGCUUGAAAGGCAUCCUUAUUUUCCCUUGUUCGGACAUAGCACUCAGCCUCUUCACAAAAUGGGUCAUGAAAAAGGAUCAUGGAAAGACCUUUCAUCUUCUCUUACAGAGAUGCCAAAUUAUAUUUCAUUUGGGAGAAUACACAGAAAUUCAGAAACUAAGAAUAUUGUUGGCCCUGUUUCAUUCUCAUCAAACAGACUUCAGAGUUUAAGUCCCUCAUCAUCCUCUCUACACAUUGAUAAAACAGACCUAAACAGGCUGCUGUUAGAAAGAGAGGCAGCUCUCAUCACCAUGAGAGAGACUCAAAAUCAUCUUCAAAAGACCUUAAACAAAAAGGCUAACAACUUAAUUGGCAAGAAAACUGGUGACACAAGCAGACCUCCUAAAGACAGAGAAGACAGGGCACAUCUAAGCAGCACAGAACCGUUAAAUAAUUUUUCACCUGCCACAAGAAAAUUCUUUAGAGAGAUGUCAAUGGAGCCACAGGAUUCCUCAGGGGCACUGGACUUCAGGCAACAAAGCAAAUAUGAAAACAACAGGGCCUGGGACAAACGUGGCAGAAAUUAUGACAAGGCCACAGACAAAACAGAACGCUCACAGAAGAUAUGCACAUCAGAGCUACCAAGACCUUGUAGGGACAAAAGUAUAUCGUUGGAACAUGCCAUGCCAAAUUUAUUGACUCAGGUCCCUUAUUAUCUUAGAGUGGCUUAUAACAACUCUAAGCAGGAAAGUACUGAGAGAGAUAGCACCCUCCAAGACUCCCAGGAACAAUGUUUGGAUUUAUCCAUCACUUCACCUGCAGGAAGUAAGAAGCUCAGAAAAAUUACAAGCUCUCAGGUACAAAACACUGCUGUGCCAAACAGCAUGGACCCAGACAGUCACAGAACUAACACUGAUGCUCUGCUGGUACAGAGGCCUGUUGUCAGCAACCUAAAUAUCUUAGAAAGGAAAUUAAAACAGGCCAAGAAAAGAGGUCUGCCCUUUAACUGUGACUUUUCUGCUUAUGGAACCUGUAAGAGAAGGAUGAGUACAUUGGUGAGCAGACUUACAGCGGAGCCACCUGUCAAACUGGACAACUCACCUGGGGAAGUGGUAUUUCUUGAGCUGCUUGGUCUUACCACUAGAAAGGAAGGAGUGAAGCAGCAGAGGAAGAGGAGGCGGUUGUUAGGUGACUCCAGUCCAGAUGUACCCCCUUUACAGAAGAGUAGACCAACCCUGCUUUCUGCUGCCAAGUCAAACAGUCAGUUUCAGGAAAAAAAUGGAGCCAUGGACACAGAUGAAAAGAAACAGUUUCUUGCACACCUUCAAUUAAAGCCCCUAGCGAGUUAUGCAGAAUACAAUACCAGUUCUCAUUUGUCAGCGAAGAUGCACAAAGGGCAGACAAAGAGUUCUGAUCAGUCCGGAGAGGACCAAAGUGAGGGCAUUGCCAGUGAGGAUGAAAUGGAGUGGCAGACAAAAUGGAAGGGCAUUGCCUCCGUGUUCGAAACCUACCAAGAGUACACUGAAGAGAAAGACUUGGAGGAAAGUGUUCUUCAAGAGCAACUGAGAUGUCUAAAAGAAAAAAAUGAUGAAUUGAAUUGCAUUGUGCAUAACCUCAGCUCAUAUAUGCAGGGGCUGGAGGCAAAUAAACAGAAAUUGGAAACUGAACGAAAACACCACCAGGCUGCUCUUGACUUACUGAAAAAGUCAGUGUAACAGAAGAAAAAAAACAUUUUAAGGGAGGAAAGGCAAAAUGUUGUACAUUUUAUACCUCUGCAUUUGAAGAGCAUUACAAAGGCAGUAGCAAAACCAAAGUUCUGUUGUAUAUAUUGUAUUGUUUUAGAGAGAUACCAAAAUAUCCACUGUAUUUUUCAUUGUAUGUAGUUAUGCAGAUAAAAAGUAUUAAUACCAUUUAUGGAAAUACAAGAACAUGACCUCACCUUCAUUGCGAUUUAACUAGAAGGGUGAUAAACAAGUUAAACAUUGCCCUACUCACCCAAAAUGGAUGAUUUGCAGUAAUCUGUUUGUCAAAUUUUCCAGAUGCAGGUUCCCACUUAGCUGUUUUGAAUUAGAUCAUAUGGAUCUCAAGCAGCUGAGCUGCCAAUGUUUCUCUUUGAAGAACAGAAAUCACAUUUAACAUCUGUAACAGAUACAGUCAGCAUGCUAUUCCUUACUGUCAUUGGUUCUGAAUAUUAUUACAGGCAUGCAAAACAGGGGGAGAUGCAGUUCCCUAGAUAUUUUAUUUAUUAAGAAUUUGUAAAUUGCCUGAGAUACACUGAUAUUUACACUGAGUUGUGACAUUAGCUUUGAGGGUUUUAUGUUUGUAAAAUCAGGUUCUCUAAGUUUUGUUGAAUUACAUUUUUGAGUGAAAUUAAAAAGCACUUAGUCUGGGUAUUAAAUAAUGUACCACAUUUAUCUUAACUAAUGAAUUCUUCUUGUUUAGAUUCACUUUCAUAUUGUUUUUGCAUUUCAGGCAUCAGAUCCUGGAGACUUUUUAAAUCACAAAUGUUUAAAGCACCUUCAAUGUGGCUUCAAUAUAGCUCUCAAACAUGUCUUAUCUCCCAGACAGCUGGUACAAGUUUAUCCCUUAACCUUACUCCCUGUAACAAUCUAAUCUUUGUGUACAGUAUGCUACAUCAGUAGGAAAUACCACAAAUGUGAAACAGAACAUUUUAUACAAAGUGAAUUCAAACAACAAGACGAAUUCACAUUCACUACACUCUGGCACAUACCUACCCUCCCCGUACAAAGUAUGGCUGGCCACAGUCGGCCACCUCCCCCCUUAAAGUCCCACAUGUCUCUGUUAAAGUUCUGGGCAGAGGACAGAGGCUUCCACUGGCCCACAACGGGCAACUCAGGCAGUGGCGGACCGGCAACCCUGGGUAGUGGCAGGCAGGCGACCACGGGCCACGGCAGGCAGGCAACCACGGGCCACGGCAGGCAGGUGGCAACACCGGGCAGUGGCGUGCAGGCAGCAUCCAUGCGCGGUGGUGCUGCCGGCUCCUCCGGCAGCAGUGGUGGAGCUGGUGGUGCUGUUGGUUCCUCCAGCAGUGCUGGAAAGGCUGCCGGUUCCUCAGGCAGCAGUGAAAAGGCUGUCGGCUCCUUCGACAGCAGGGGAAAGGCUGCCGGUUCCUCUGACAGCAGGGAAAAGGCUGUCGGCUCCUUCAACAGCAGGGAAAAGGCUGUUGGUUCUUGCGACAGCAGGGGAAAGGCUGCCGGUUCCUCCAGUAGCAGUGGAAAGGCUGCCUAUUCAUCCGGCAGCAAUGGAGGGCUGUCCUGCCCUCCUCCCCCCAAAAAAAUCAGGGUGGUGAGCCUGUAAC